CCAGAAGAACAAAUAUUACAGGAAAUACUGUAAAACAAAAACCUGAAUCUGUUCAACGUCAUUUGGGAAAUAUUUAACGAACUCAAAUAUGUCAACUGUAUGUGUUGUGUUUCAGUCGGGCUCUCUGUUCCUCAUCGGUGUGCCCAGCAGCUAUUAUCUGUCCUCUCUGGAUCCGGGUCUCCCUCGUUUACCCUCAUAUGAAAGCGUACGCAAAAAAGACCGACAGCGGCAGAUCCACAUGAUGAUCGCCGACCGAUUCGGACUCAACGGGCCCGCUGUGACGGAGCCUCCUCCCACAUACGAGGAAAGCAUUCGUCAGUCGGUCCAAUCCAUUGACGUCCCGUUUGACAUCCUGUCCUCGGAGGAUCCACAGGCUACAGUUUCAGAGCCUGACACGGAUCUGCCUGCGUAUGAAGCUCUACCUCACAGCACAGACUCGCAACAGCCCAGCGACACUAGUAAUUAAUGCACACUCCAGCAUGCGUCUGAUCCUCAGCGGAAAUGAGCAGCUGUUGAGCUUUUCCCAGGCCUGACAGCUGAUCUACAAACAGACGAGUGCGUCAAUCUGCUGCCUUUGCAAAAAAACACCACCAAAAUGAGAUAUGACUUGACCUAUGCAAAUACUUGAGGAGGAGGAGGAGAACACUGCAACACUACUGGGAAACAAAGGGAAGAGAAUGUGCAGCGGUUGAAAUGAAUGUGAAACUGCUGCUGCGCUAACUUUGUGACUUUUCCAAGCCAGAGGUGUUAAAGUGCCCUCUUUAUGACUGUUUAAAGUAUGAUUUGAACUUUAUUUAGGUGAAGAGUUGUCUUUAAUUGCACGCUGCAGCGUCAGCUCUUCUUCCAUAGUGUCUGAAAUGUUUGGUACAAGGAUCCAGUCUCACUCAACUGGGCUUUUAGAGUCUACUCUGCCCUGAUUGGUCAGAUGGAGGCACUACUCUGCUCUGAUUGGUCAGAUGGCUCUUCUCUCUUCUCACUGGUCAGAUGGCCCUACUCUUGUUUGAUUGGUUAGAUGACACCUCUCAGCCCUGAUUUGUCAGAUGGAGGCAUUACUCUGCUCUGAUUUGACCGGGCAGAUGGAGGAAUAACUCUGCUCUGGUUGGCCAGAUUACCCUAAUCUGCUCUGAUUGGUCAUAUGAAGGCUCUCCUCUGCUCUGAUUGGUUAGAUUGAGGCAUUACUCUGCUCUGAUUUGUCAGCUGGAGGAAUAACUCUGCUCUGGUUGGCCAGAUUACCCUUAUCUGCUCUGAUUGGUCAUAUGAAGGCUCUCCUCUGCUCUGAUUGGACAGGUGAAGGCCCUACUCUGCUCUUACUGGACAGGUGGAGGCUCAACUCUGCUCUGAUUGUCUAGAUGAUCCUAAUCUGCUCUGAUUGGUCAUUAAAAGACUCUCCUCUGCUCUGAUUGGACAGGUGAAGGCCCUAUUCUGCUCUGAUUGGACAAAUAGAGGUCCUACUCUGCUUGGAUUGGCCAGGUUACCCUAUUCUGCUCUGAUUGGACAGGUGAAGGCCCUAGUCUGCUCUGAUAGGACAGAUCAAGGCCCUACUCUGCUCCGAUUGGCCAGAUGACCCUAUUCUGCUCGGAUUGGACAGAUAGAGGCCCUAAUCUGCUCUGAUUGGUCAUAUGAAAGCCCUCCUCUGCUCUGAUUGGACUGGUGAAGGCAAUUGUCUGCACUGAUUGGCCAGAUUACCCUAAUUUGCUCUAUUUGGUCAUAUGAAAACUGUCCACUGCUCUGAUUGGCCAGAGAACCCUAAUUUGCUCUGAUUGGUCAUAUGAAGCCUCUCCUCUGCUCUGAUUGGACAGGUGAAGGCCCUAGUCUUCUGUGAUUGAACAGAUAGAGGCCCUAAUCUGCUCUUAUUGGCCAGAUGGAGGCCCUACUCUGCUCUGAUUGGCCAGAUUACUCUAAUCUGUUCUAAUUAGUCAUACGAAGGCCCUACUCUGCUCUAAUUGGACAGGUGAUGGCCCUAGUCUGCUCUGAUUGAACAGAUUGAGGCCCUACUCUGCUCCGAUUGGUCAGAUGACACAAAUCUGCUGUGAUUAAACAUGUGUAGGACCUCCUCUGCUCUGAUUGGACAUUUACAGGCCCAACUCUGCUCUGAUUGGCCGGAUAACCCUAAUCUGUUCUAAUUGGUCAUAUAAAGGCCCUCCUUUGCUCUAAUUGGACAGGUGAUGGCCCUAGUCUGCUGUGAUUGGACAGAUUGAGGUCCUACUCUGCUUCGAUUGGCCAGAUGACCCAAAUCUGCUCUGAUUAGUCAUGCGUAGGACCUCCUCUGCUCUGAUUGGACAGAGGGACGCCCUACUCUGCUCUGAUUGGCCCGAUGAUCAAAAUCUGCUCUGAUUAGUCAUAUGAAGACCCUCCUCUGCUCUGAUUGGCCAUUUAAAGGCCCUACUCUGCUCUGAUUGGUCACAUGAAGGCUCUCAUCUGCUCUAAUUGGACAGGUGCAGGCACUAGUCUGCUCUGACAGGACAGAUGGAGGCUCAAACGCUGCUCUGAUUGGACAGAUUACCCUAAUCUGCUCUGAUUGAUCAUAGAAAGGCUCUCCUCUGCUCUGAUUGAACAGGUAAAGGCCCUAGUUUGCUCUGAUUGGACAGAUAGAGGCCUUAAUCUGCUCUGAUUGGCCAGAUUACCCCAAUCUACUCUUAUUGGUCAUAUGAAGGCCCUCCUUUGCUCUGAUUGAACAGGUAAAGGUGCUACUCUGCUUUGACUGGACAUAUGGAGGCUAAAGUCUGCUCUGAUUGGCCAGAUUACCCUAAUCUGCUCUGAUUGGUCAUAUCAGGGCCCUCCUCUGUUCUAAUUGAAUAGGCGAAGGCCCUAGUCUGCUCUGAUUGGUCAAAAUUGGGGCUAAAAUCAUGCAACUCGGCGUUACAUUCAGCAUUUUAGAUUCUGGGCCAGAUUCAGCUUGUUUUAAUUUCAUGUUUGGUUUUUCAGAGAGAUGGCGGGUUCAUCUCAUACCAAAGUGGCGUAUGAUGUACUGUACUGAACUAUAUGCACAAUAAUGGAUAUUUGAAGCCAUGUUUUGGACAUUACAGGGAAUAUUUCGUUUAUUUGCAGUACUGUUUUGUUGGAUGUAAUCAUGAUGUGCGCUUGUAUGAACGUGAUGUUCUUUCUUUCGGCAGAACAAAUGUUACUGUCUCUUUAGCUAGAGAUCAUAGAAAUUAAUUUUAGCAAAGCCGCUGUCAUAUCUGUCUGUGUAAAUAUGUUCUCUGUCAAAAUGAUGUCUGUUCAAUCCCUAUUUUUUAUAUUUCCGUUUAUCAAAAUGCAUAUUUUUAAAUUUUUCACUGUGAAUAAAGAUGUUUAAACAAA